AUGCGUGCCGCGUGCGCAAGUCGAGAUGUGACGGGCAACGACCCUCGUGCUCCAAAUGUGCUUGUGCGCAAGGAGUACCUUGCUGACUUGGAAAAUCGCGUGGCCGCCAACGAGCGUGGCGUGCAGCGGCUGGACAGGUUGUUCAAAUGCCAUCUUUCUAACUGUGUCGAGAGCACCAUUGAUGUAGCCACGCGACAGUCCCACCGUUCGGUGGGAUCGGAAGCGGUGUUACCGCCAGAAGAAAGCCCCUACCGCGCCAACGUUCUCGAGGAACCGCUGGACGAAGACGCAACGGUGAACAAUGGCAUGGCCAUGACUUUCACCGAAGAGCGUACGUCUGCUUACUUUGGAGAAUCAUCAAAUCUUCAUUUUACGCGUGUCCUGCUACGUGCAACCACUGCUUUCCAUCAGUUUCCGUCGAGCUCGAGCACCCAGAUGACAGUCGACAAAGAUUCGAUCUUGGUAGAAAGUAACAUGGAGAGGUUGUCGCAAUUUCAAACAUCCCCUCCGGCAGCUGUUUCCAACCUUCCAGAAUCAGAGCUAACGGCCUUGCCGUCGGAAGAGGAGAUGGAGCGCCUAAUCGAUAUCUAUUUCGACACUGUCGGCAUGGUAUUCCCUAUCAUUCACCAGGAGACGAUGAGAAACACAUACGCUGAAUUUAAAGCCAAUGGCUUCACAAGGGUCCGUAGGACAUGGCUAGGCACUCUAAACAUGAUGUUUGCAUUUGCAAGCAAGUUCGUCCAAGCCGAGAGCAAACAGCCAUCUGGCAAAGCGCGCGUCGACAACUCAGAAAUGUUUUACGAUAGGGCGAAGGGCCUUUGUGACGGAAUCACUCGAACAGUGAUAAGCAUCGAAAUAAUCCAUUACCUCGUCCUAGUGAUUAUCCAUUGCCAAGGUACGCAGAGGUCUAUUCAAGCCUGGAACAUGCACGGUCUACUCGUGCGUUCGGCAAUUGCGCUGGGUCUACAUAGUGACUCUCACCGGAGAGGACUGACCCCGCUUAUGCAAGAGGUCUAUCGUCGCACCUGGAUGGUUAUCUACGGGAUAGAUAAAGUCCUGAGUGUGGUUUUUGGCAGACCAUGUGCGAUCAUGGACGAGGCGGUGCUGCACCGGCAGCUAUCAUCAUGGUCGUCCCAUACACCACACGAUAGUCCCAGCAAUGUUGAUGAUUUGCCCGGCCAAUUCAUCAAUGUGUCAUAUGUGCUGUAUCAGCUGACGGGAAUGUCAUUGAUAAAGCAGUACGGCGCCAUCAGGGAGGCUAACAACGUCGAAUCAGACGAACUUGCCUCACUACAAUCAACUGACGAACUCCGAAAGCUUCUCAAGUCAUGGGCAGCCAGCCUGCCUUCACAACUGGGCCUUUGCACACCUCAGUCCGCUAUGCUCCUGGAGAAUACCCAAGCUAACAGAUUACGCGUCAUCCUGACUCUCAGGUACCACAACCUGAAUACCCUAAUCCACAGGCCCUUGCUCAGUUCGACACUAUCACGUGCGUCACACGGGGACAAUCUACACCACGGAACUUCGCCAUACGUCUUUCAGCUAGCAGCGGCAGGGGCGUAUGAAUGUGUGCAUUCGGCAGAAAGCACCAUCGACAUUAUUCAUUCCAUCGUGAGCACCGACCCUACAAGCAAGAACAAUCUGGGCGUGUGGUACUUUACCUUAUAUUACGCCUUUACCGCGUCAUUGGUAAUCUGCGGCCGAUGGCUACUAGCCAAACAUGGACAGAACAACCCUGACGAAGCUGCCAUCGCACACUGCCAAAAAAAUCUCAGCAAAGCCCAGACUAUUUUUCGGGCGCUCAAUUAUGAUGACGCUCUAGUCGAGAGCUGUUCAAAGUACAUUAGCAAUCUAUCUGAGCUGUUCACUUCUCGAGGUCCGAUCUUAUCUCAUGAGACCAGUGGCGAUCUGCGUUCGAUGGCAGGCGAAUCGCAAUCUGAAGACUCAUCCGGUCAGGCAAAUAAUGCAUCCUUCUUCAAUGCAGACGGGCUGGAUGCAUUCGAGUUUUUGACCUCAGAGCUGUUGGAACCUUCGGCAUUUGAAGGCUUUGGCUGGGCCAUGGAUGGAACCUUACGUGGAAUUGUUUAG